AUGGCCCAUUCCCUCCUGGGAUUCAUCUGUGAAGUCGGCGAAAAGUCGUACAAAGUGAGUAUGUCUGUGUUAGACCGAUAAUAUCCCAAAUUCUGCCUAGAUUUACGACUACGACAAAGGCGUCUGCGAAUUGCCGCUUCACAAUGGAGACGAGUUCGAACGCGGGAAGUUCUACACGGUUUCCCUCGAAGGAAAAGUCAGUUACCUACUUCACAUUUCUUAUAAUAUCGUAUCAAAGUUCAGCUCUUGUGCCCGUUCCAUCCCGAUCUCAACCUCAUCGAUCUGUUCGAGAAGGACGGAAAUCUGAUGGCCAAGACGGUCGCCGUCGGCUUUCCAAUCCUGCUCUACGACGAAAUGGAGGAGAUCUGCGACAAGUACGAGUUGUGCGUGUGGUCGCCGUUCCUCCGAAUGCUCAGAGAUCCCGACCACCAGUUCUACCGCGAAAACCCCGAUGUCACCCCCAUCGAGGUGUGUUUCCUCAAAAAAAUACAAUAUAACGCAUUCUCUGCAAGACUCGAGAAUAGCUAUAAUAAUCGUCUUUCACAGGUAACGUGCAAAUACGCGCCAGGAGACGACGGCCGAGUUUUCGAGAUUGUGGACAUGGCAUGCCUUCGCAAGGAGUGGCAGCUAUUCGAUAUUGUAUAUGCGGCGGUUAGACUCUUUUUGUUUUCUUUUUUUCUUUUUUAGAACCAUUUCGCAUUCAAAACCAACACAUUUCAGCCGUGGAAUCAGGAGGCGUUCGACCUGAAACAGGCCGAGCUCUGUUCUCUCCCGGACGACAGUGAGGUGAGAGAAACUAUUGGGGAAUUCAGAAGAUCCAUUUCCCCUUUGUUCAGCGCCUGCCGUCAAAUCAGAAGCUCCCGCUGAAGAAGGAAUCUUCGUACAUUGGAUUCGUGUGCGCCGUCGACGUCAGGAAUACGACUAAGUCCGCCAAAAAUGACUUUCCCACAUGCGCUCUCGUGUACAGCAGCAUGAUCGGAAUCCUCAGAUGCAUGGCACCCAAUCUUCAUGUGAGCAUUUUGCACAGGAUUCACCAAACAUGAGAACCACAUUUUUGAUUUAAAAAAAGUUAUUGUCUUUCUCAGGUGGGCGAUUGGUGUUACUUCGGAGUCAUCGACGACAGAUGGACGAAGACAAGGGAUCACAAGAAUUCGUGGCACUAUCGAGAGGCCCGGGCCAUUGAUUUACAGGCGAUGCACCCCGACAACGUGCCGGUGCCAACGGAAGUGAUCGACGGAAAAGUGGAGGUGAGAACGAGAAGAGUCGAAGUACAAACGGAUCUUUUCCAGUUCACCUGCUCGUUCGUCUACCGUCCCGACAACUUUGAAACUCCGGAAAACCGAAAGAUCGAGGAUAUGGAGGUGCGCUCGAGCAACUUCUCCAAAACGGCCCAUUUCUACGACUCGGAGCUGUGGAAGAUCGAGAUCUACCCGUACACGAUCCGUCAAAUGGUCGAGGCGAUCGAGUACCACUGGAAGGAGCUGAAAGUGCGUCGUCGGGAAGAGUACGAGCUGCUGAAAAAGGAGAAACUGCGCGUGACGGUCAAAGUCCGCAUGUUAGAGAAUGCGCAGAGCAAAUUUGUACCCAACAAGAACGGGGAACUAAAGACAGACGAAUCGGUGUUUGUCGUCAACUCUAUUCACAAGAUCGCCUACGAUUUCGGCGGCGAGAACAUCAUUUGGAAGGAGCAGGAGGAGGAAGGCCUCACCGAAGCUGUCAAAAGACUCGAAGUCUCCGAAUGA